CCAUGAAAAGGUGAGGGAGCAGGUAUAUAUGCACUGGCGCUUUCACCGGACCGGAUCGCCCCUCCUUAAAUUUGGCUCGCUGCUUCUUGAAUGUCAUCUCUCGACGUCGCCCACCGCCAGACGGGUCCGUUCUCAGGGUGUCAGAGAUUGAGGGCAUGUAGGAAAUGGCCGGUCUCUGUUAAGUCUGCGCAGACUCCGCCUCAAAGUCUGGGGGACACGUCUGAGCAGAGUCUGGGGAACACGUCUGGGUGUGUUUUGCCGGCAGGUUCCGGGUUAUCUGUUCUGACAUCAUCACUCCCGCCACGAUCUACGUCGGCCACUGCGACACUGAUCCCAUCAGCUACCCCCGUCAGUGGCUACUCACCCCCAGUGAAAACCGGACAGUGUUCAGCCACCCUUGUGUCACGCACCAGUAGGUGCAAUCAACGACGAGUCCGGUUGAUGACAUCUGCAGAAUGGCACCUGGAAUAUUUGGCAGCUGUGGAGCUGCAGUCGAUGAUAUGUUGUCUGUGGGCACGGCGGGCAACGUGGCGGGGAGAAGAUGAUGAGUCUGUGACUUGUCUGUAUAGACCUCACGCAGACUGGCCAAAUCCCGCACUUUCUGCAGAGAUUUUGCCAGUCUGUGAACGGCCAUGGGAAUCAAUCCCGCCAACGCGCCUGCCGCCGGCUAACACCUCGCUGGAAUGCUGCAUGUUCAUGUUCUGCCCGCCACCCUCCUUGCUCACCCAUCGCCUUACCCGCCCCUCUCCCUGCCCGCUUAUCUUUGGUUAUUGAGGAGGGCGGGCAGCCAUGAUGCUGUAUACGGCUGAGGCUGGAUGAUGUCAUCCUUAAGAAGGCCAGCACAUCGCAAGAACCAGCGAAGAUCAACAUAGAAAUGUGUAAAUGAGCUUACUAUGUUGCUAUUACAUGGCAACAAAAAGACUCCCAACGUCUAUGGAAGUAAGUCCUUGGUGCUAUUGCACAUAGUGAGCAAGCGUGAGAAGCAGUGACGGGCACAGAAACAUUCACACUCCGCUUGGAGGUGCCAUACU